ACUCACAGCUUCUAGCUUGCAUUGACAGAGUGACAUGCCUCGAGCAGCCCCCAAGAAACGCAGCCGUGCCGAAAACACGGCUGGCGUGGAUCUAAGAAGAUCGCGAAGAUUAGCUAGCAACUCGCAAGCCGCCCAUGCACGUGGGGAAAACGAUGCGCAGGCGAAUAAUACAAUUACCCUUCGUAACCAGCGGAACUCGCCUCUACUUGGUCUACCAGCAGAAUUGCGAGAACGCAUCUGGACCUAUGCUUUUGGAAAUAGGACUGUGCAUCCUAUCAGCUCUCGCACCAAAAAAAAGGAUAGCGUAGGGCGCAUUACAUACCACCCGUGUCGCGAGCGCCUUUCCGACCAAGAAGUCUACAAUCUCAGUCUCCAGGGCGCUGCAGAUGACGACCCUGUCACAUGGGCCGCGAACGGACUCGACGACCACCGCACCUUUGCUGGCACCCAUCAUUGCAAUCCCGAUCCCGAUAAUUCGUUUCCCUUCUUAACGGAGAACCUCGUAUGCAAGCAGAUGUGGUGUGAAGCCGAGCCGAUCAAAUGGAGGACAACCACGAUCUAUUUUAGCGAUUCUAUUGCAUUCAAAGACUUUAUCAAAACGCCGAGCGCGAAAAAGCAUCUCAUCCAGGAACUCACAAUCAACCCACUUGGCUGGAGUAAAUCGUGGGAAGCAGCGUUGACACGAACAGCUGUUGGAACUUUCGUCUCCCUUCAAGGUCUCCAUCUGAUUUUUGACAUGCGGGUAGGAUAUUCUGGCUACGAAGGGUUCAACACCCUGAAUGAAGUGCCAAUGCCUCUUCUGAGGAGGUUGAUCCCGCAGUUUCAAAAAUUGAGACUGAGGGACGAGAGAACGACAGUGUGGAUUACGGGUGGGCGUGCCACGUUCUUUACACCCAGUGGUUCAGUUUGUGAAAGUAGGGAGUUUGCGGAAGGAGUGCGAAGGUUACUGCUGCAAUAUCAACCUACGAAAAAGACAGGGAAGACAGCCACGUGAGUAAGGUAUGAACUAAGACGUGCCCAAAGUAGUUCUUUAUGAGAUACCAGUAAGCUCAACAAUGGAUACUUGGUAUACAAACAUCUCCACAAGCAGUAAGAUAUUUUUUGGCUAUUAUAAAUGUUUUGUGUUACUCAAUCUCCAAGUAGAAUUAUAGUGUCUUUUUUUGAGUAUACGGCCUUUGAGCGGGUUAAAGCCGCUUAAGGCCGUGAUCAUUAUCACGAAUUCAGCCACCUGUCAGC